AUGGCAGAACCCGCGGAGAAGCCCGGUCCAUAUCUCUGCCUGACCAUCUGCGGCUACCGCAAGCCGGGGAUGAGUGAAGAGGAGUACCGCCGCUACAUGACAACGGUCUCCGCCCCGAUGACCAAGGAUCUGAUGGUCAAAUAUGGAGUCAAGCGAUGGACAAUGAUUCAUAACAGCACGGCCACCCGCGCGCUCAUGGCCGAGCUGUUUGACUCGCAGAUGACCAAUGUGACGGACUUUGACUGCUUCAGCCAGGUGGUGUUCGAAAGCCUUGAGGACUACAAGCGCAUGAAGCAGGACCCGUGGUAUCGGGAGCAUCUGUUCCACGAUCACGAGAAUUUCGCGGAUACCAAGAGAAGCAUGAUGACAAUCGGGUGGAUUGACGAAUUUGUUCGACAGGGAGUGGCGGUCGACGGAAUGGAGGCUUGA